AUGAAGUUCACGUCAGGCCCCAUUUUCGCUACUUUGGCGUUGACCGCCUACCUCCCGAGCAUCCUUGCAGCUGAGGGAUUUGCCCCCAGCCAGCGCUCAGUCGCCGUCUUCAGCCGUGGCGAGUUGGCCAACAAUGCCACCGCCGCUGCCAACGGUACCGACGUCGCCGAUGCAGGUCAAGCCGAGGAGAACAAGGAUGGAGAGAACGCUGACGAGAACGCGAACAAUGACCAGAACGCUGAGGACCAACAGAACGCCGAAGAGCAGAACCAAGACGAUAACCAGAACGAUCAGAACCUCCAGCAAGAGCUCGGCGACCUUGAGAACCUCAAUGGAAUUAACAUCGACCCCAACAACCUAGAGGGCAGUCUGCAGCAGAACAUCGGAAACCUCAUGCUCGGCCUCGGCAUCUGCGACUUCAACAUUGGCAGCAUCGGUGGCAUUGGCGUUGGCAACCAGAUCCAGCUUCUCCUUCAGCUACAACAGCUCCAGCAACUCCAGCAGCUCGGCCUCGUCAACUCGUUCUCCAUCCAGCAGCUCCUGCAACAAGAGCUUCUCCUUGGCCAGUUCAACCUCAACAUCUUCAAGCGAACCAUCAGCGCAACCAUCAAGCAGGCCGCUCGUGCAAACAAGCGCACUGUCAUGACCAAGAGAGAGUGCAAGGGCCAGAACAACGCCAAGGGUAACUAA